UUCAUAAUACAUCUCUGAUUGUUUAGGGGAUCAGAAAACAUUUGACUCAAGUGUGGUACAGGCCGUCCGCCCCCGUCCAUCCCCUCUUAAAUUGUAAUGUGUUGACAGACUGAUUAGUAGUGUAGCCCAAGGUCUGGGUUAGGUUGAAAGAUAAUUUGGGUGAGAGUUAGCAAAGCCAGUGAAUGUGAUUACCAAAUAAGGAUUUUGGUGACAGACUGACCUCUAGCAAAGCUUAAUGUUUACAUUCUUGCCAUAUUUGUGUGCAGUUUUGCAUAUUUAAUCCUCUUCAUCAUGGAAGUUGAGCAAUGUAAAAGGAAGCUGUAAAGUGGGAAACCGAAUAGAUGGAUGACAAAUUGGUUCUGUCACCAGAAGCGUCACUGGAGAACAUAAGACAGAUACGCUCAGAAAUAGUUAAUAGAAGGCGUAAUUAUGAAACAUUCAAUGCUGUUAACAAUUCAAGUGAAAUGUCUUCAGCAAGCUCUGAAGGUGCUAGUGCUACACGGCACACCUCAUUUGCACACUUCAAGAGUCAACUUUUGGUUAUUUCUGAGACAGUGCUGGGCCAUGAAAACAAAUUGUUACAGAAAAAGGCCUUGGAGUUAAUUCCACUAACAGAGCUGGAGAUAAAAGCAGUAAAACAUAUGCGAUCCUUACAAAAAGCCAUUAAAAAUGGUGCAGAGGACAAUGGAGUAGAUGUGCAGGACAUACUUUUGUUAGAAUUGAUGGCAUGGUUUAAAGAAUCAUUUUUCUCAUGGGUUGAUUCACCAAAAUGUUGGUUUUGUCAAGGAGAAACAAAAUUUCGUGGCCACAGUAGUGAUCCUAAAUAUAAUGGAGACCGGGCAGAGGUAUAUAUGUGCACCUUGUGCCGGGAAGUAACACUCUUUGUUCGGUACAAUAAAACUGAAAAACUUCUAGAGACAAGGAAAGGACGUUGUUCAGAAUGGGCAAAUUGUUUUGCUCUGUUGUGCAAAUCACUUGGUUGGGAUGUUCGUGUUGUCUAUGAUGUGACAGACCAUCUUUGGGUGGAGGUGUUCUCUGUAAGUCAACAAAGGUGGAUACAUUGUGAUCCUUGUGAAAAUGCCUAUGAUAAACCUUUAAUGUAUGAAGUAGGUUGGAAGAAAAAUCUUUCAUACGUGAUUGCAUUUUCUUAUGAUGAUGUACAAGAUGUCACAUGGCGCUAUACUUGCAAUUUCAAUGCAGUAUUAAGGCGCAGAAAUGUGUGCUCUGAGCAGCAGCUCUUGGAUAUUAUGUUUGCUAUAAGAGAAAAAAGACAACGUGGUUUGUCAUUGGCAAGAAAAGAGUACCUCAAGAAGCGAAUGUUAAAAGAACUUGUGGAAUUUCUAACACCUCCAAAGCAGACUGAUGCAGCAUAUGAGGGGCGCACCUCAGGUUCCCUGCUCUGGAGACUUGCAAGGGGAGAGGUUACAGAAAAAGUUACAUAUGUUUGGACUCCAAAUGCUGCAGAAAUUUCAGCACAAAGAUUUCAGUUAAGUUACUCUUGUGAAAAGGACAAAUAUUUUCGAAGUACUAACACUGAGGAGGCCUGCAUUUCUGGAUGGCAGAAUGGUGUGUUUGAAUUUGAUUCAGUCUUUCGAAAAGAAGAAAAAGACUGGAAGAUGUUCUAUUUAUCAAGAACAGAGGGAAGCCCAAAAGGCACCAUUACAUGGAAAUUUGACUUUUCAUCCUCUGGCUUAGUUAUAGAAACAGUGAAUCUUGUGUUUGUGAGAAGUGUGUUUGAAAAUGGUGUUAUUAAGCUACUAAUGACAGGGGAUACAAACAACAUGGAAGUACCACCAAAUGAAACAGCAGUUUCCACAAAGAUUUUAUAUGGUUCCAAGUGUUUGACCCUGAGUGCUGAACUAAGUAGAGGGAGAGGUACAACAGCAUGGCAGCAUGCACAGCUUUUCCGUGAGCCAGUUGGCAGCACGAGUUAUCCAUUCAACAUUGUUAUCAAACUAAGGAAAAUGUAAAUAGCAAAACAGUGCUCAUUUAAAAAAAAAGACACUAUACUACCAUAUGUGAACUCAUUUUCUGUUAUUAUCUUGUGGAAAUUGAUUUUGUGACAUUGACUACAAGUGAUACAAACAUUAAUCGUAUUGGUGAAGUUUAUAGGGGGCCAUCCAUGUGAUCCCCCCUUGCAUGCUGUGUUUGGCAAGAGUUUGCAAUGUGUUGCAUUAAGGAGGGGGCCACAAAUAAGAGGUUAGUAUGAGUUACCAAUGGAAACUUCUCGUGCAGUUGAUGGUCUCUACACUGGGAAUUUGGAGUAGGUGGCACUUGGUGCACAGUUCCUCAUCACUUUUCUACAUUUUGCAGAAAUGAAGAGAAUGAUGUGCACAAGGUAAAAAUAUAAAUUACAAGUUUUAUGUGCAUCAUUAUUUUGAGCAUUUAGAUAAGUUGGAAAGUCAUGUUUUUAUUCUCCAUAUGUAAAAUUACGAUGUUAACAAACUGGUGAAACAUA